AUGUCUUCGCCUGAUGAUAUUAACGAUGAAGAAUCUACCUCAACUGAAAUAUCUGGUAGUAAUACUCAACAAGGAAUAGCUGGACGACCUUUUAAUCCUGUUUGGAAUUAUUUCAAUCAACUAGAAAAAAAGAAAAAUGGUCAUUACUCAGCUAGUUGCAAGUAUUGUCCACAACAGUGGUCACGCGGUGAUAUAUCAACUUUCAAGAUGCAUAUUGCGCGUAAUUGUUCUAAAGCCCCCAUGGAAGCGCAACUUUUGUAUUAUAAGCAAUUAACUGAAAAUGAUGAAAGUCAAAAUUCAAGUAAAAAACGAAAAGCAGACACCAAAAAUAAGGAAGAUAUCCUUAAAUAUGUUGAAAGUCAAGAAUUACCUUCAAAAAGACAAGAACAACUAGAAGAUGGCAUGUGUCGUGCAUUUGUUUGUGCGGGUAUCUCAUUUAAUGUUGCCAAAAAUGAAAUUUUUCGUGCAUGGCUACAGGAACUUAGACCAGGUUUUAACAUACCUAGUCCUAAAACACUUGCGGGAAGGAUUUUUAACAAACAACUUAUUAAG